AAAAAAAAAAAAAAAGUCUAAUGACCUCAUAUGGAAACACUUUGCAGCUCUGUUUAAAAGAAAAUACUUUCAAGUGAAAGAGGUACACAAAACAACUUUAUAUGGAAGUUGGCUGAACGGACGUGAAGACUCUGGAUCAGUGUUUAUGCACCACUUUGGGAAUAUGAAUGGAACGUUUUACCCUGGACUUUUUAAGUAUCGAUAGCUUGGACUCUGAGUGAUACUAAACACCGAAGAAACUACUUCCUGCAGCUGAUGGUAAUGGAAUCAAUAUAACACAAAUCAUAAAAUCAUAACUGCUGGAUUUAAAACAGUUGGUCAUUCUGAAUCUACGUGACAAACUGAUGCAGCACUCCCUCAUAACAGUUUAGUGUCGUUGUUAAUCCUCCCCACAGGAAUGUCUGAACUUCAUGUUAGGGUUAGUUUUUAAAAUAUUUUUUUAAUGACGGGGAUUCCUACCAGGAGCUGUUUUAAAUCGCUGUUCUGUGAAGAUGACGUGCAAAAGGAAAUUUAAAUAUUUAAAACAAAAGAGAAUUUUCAAUAGUGAGAUGCAAAAAUAUGUGUCUUAAAAUGAAGUCUUGACGUAUGCAUUUAGGACAACAGUUCAGUAGAAGGAAGAGGCGUCAUCAUUCUUCAUCUCCCUUAAGGGAAACAAUAACAGCAGGUGUCACCUGUUAAAGCAGCUACCUAAAGCCAUCAACAUGCUCAUUUUGGCAUGAGAGUCUGCUCCAUUUGUUGAAACUGGAACCGUCUCCUCCUCUUCCUCCUUCAGCCUCUUUUCUCAUCUUCAUCAGCCCCGCUGCCCACAUGCAGGCCAAAAAGAGGUACCUUCUAGUGUCUCUAGGAGCCUGUCUUCUACUGCUUGUCUAUCUGGGGGGAUUGCAGAUUGGAGAGUUCCAUCAACAUCGCCACCACCCACGCAACCUCCUUAAGAAUCCAAGUGGUCAAGAUCCUCAGAGGCAGCAUUGGCCACGGUGGAUUAAUCCUCUAAGCACCUAUCUGGAUAGCGAGGAGAAAAAUGAGGAUGGCUCUCAACCACAGCUGCGGCAUGCCUCUCCCAGAGAGAGAAGGGAGAUCAGGGCCAAUGUAUACAAAAACAGGAAGUGCAGGAUGGACACCUGCUUUGACUUCAGCCUCUGCCAGAGGAGCGGCUUCAAGGUCUACAUCUACCCUUUGCAGAAGGGGGAGAAGAUUUCGGAGAGCUACCAAAAGAUUCUCACCACCGUAGAGGAGUCCAGAUUGUAUACCUCAGACCCAAGCCAGGCUUGCAUGUUUGUCCUCAGCAUUGAUACAUUGGAUAGGGAUCAGCUUUCUGUUCAGUAUGUUCACAGCGUGAAAGUGAAAAUUCAAAGCCUUCCUCAGUGGAACAAUGGAAGGAACCAUCUCAUAUUUAAUCUGUAUUCAGGGACCUGGCCUGAUUACACAGAGGAUUUGGGUUUCGAUAUUGGACAGGCGAUUUUGGCCAAGGCUAGCAUUGGCAUGGAUAAUUUUAGGCCAAACUUUGACAUUUCGAUCCCUUUGUUUUCAAAGGACCACCCACAGAAAGGAGGUGAAAAGGGUUAUUUGACGUUCAAUAAUGUCCCUCCGUCAAGGAAAUAUUUAUUAGUUUUUAAAGGGAAAAGGUACCUGACUGGUAUUGGGUCGGAAACCAGGAAUGCAUUGUAUCACAUUCACAAUGGGGAGGAUAUUAUUUUAUUAACUACUUGCAAGCAUGGGAAGGACUGGGAGAAGCACAAGGAUACAAGGUGUGACAAAGAUAAUGAUGAAUAUGCAAAGUUCGAUUAUCAAGAGCUGCUGCACAACUCCAGUUUCUGCCUAGUCCCCCGAGGUCGGAGGCUGGGUUCCUUUCGCUUUUUGGAAGCCCUGCAGGCUGCCUGUAUCCCUGUGUUAUUAAGUAAUGGCUGGGAACUGCCUUUCUCUGAGAUCAUCAACUGGAGUAAAGCAGCUGUCAUUGGAGAUGAGAGACUUUUACUGCAGAUUCCUUCUAUAACUAGAUCGGUAGACCAUGACAAAAUAUUGGCACUCAGGCAGCAGACCCAAUUCCUCUGGGAUGCCUAUUUUUCAUCUGUAGAAAAAAUAGUAUUAACUACAUUAGAGAUAAUCCAAGAUCGAAUUUAUUCACACAUAUCAAGAAAUAAAUUAAUGUGGAAUUCCUUACCAGGGGGGCUAUACAUAUUGCCACAGUAUUCUACAAAUUCAGCAGAGUUUCCAUUUUAUUAUUCAGUGCUGGGUAAAAGCCCAUCCCAGGAGUUCACAGCUGUUAUCCAGGCCGUCACACCUCUGAUGUCACAGUCCCAACCUAUUGUCAAACUUUUACUCGCUGUUGCCAAAUCCAAAUACUGCGCGCAGAUAAUUGUUCUAUGGAACUGUGACAAGCCUUUACCUCUGAAAAACAAGUGGCCCUCCACCUCAGUGCCUAUAACAGUCAUCGAGGGAGAGAGUAAGACUAUGAGCAGUCGCUUUUUCCCCCAUGACAUCAUCCAGACAGAUGCAGUCCUGAGUUUGGACGAAGACACUGUCUUAUCGACCAAUGAGGUUGACUUUUCCUUCAUUGUCUGGCACAGUUUCCCAGACCGCAUAGUUGGCUAUCCAGCUCGUAGUCAUUACUGGGACAACAGUAAAGGGCGAUGGGGAUACACCUCCAAAUGGACAAAUGAGUACUCCAUGGUUCUCACAGGAGCAUCAUUUUAUCACAGGUAUUAUCACUACCUGUAUACUCACUAUUUACCAACCAGCCUUCACAACAUGGUUGACCAUAUGGCCAACUGUGAGGACAUCCUGAUGAAUUUCCUGGUGUCAGCAGUAACCAAACUCCCUCCCAUCAAAGUAACCCAGAAGAAGCAGUACAAGGAGACGAUGAUGCAGCAGGGCUCCAAGACUUCACGCUGGGCUGACCCGGAGCACUUUGCACAGCGGCAGACCUGCAUGAACUCCUUCAGCAGCUGGUUCGGGUUCAUGCCUCUGCUUCAUUCGCAGAUGAGGCUGGACCCAGUCCUCUUCAAAGACCAGGUGUCUAUCCUGAGAAAGAAAUACAGGGACAUCGAGAGACUAUAAAAGAGGACUCUGGUUUGAAUAUUCAAUAAAUUCAUUAAAUUACUUUUUCAAGCCUAUGAAAGUCUGACAUUGUACAAACAGACUUGACUUAUAAAUCAUGGUUAUUAUGCAACACCAGGCUAUUUUACUUAUUCUUGCUGGGACUGUAAAGAAUUGCAAUUUGUGGCGUAUUUUGACAACUUUUUUGUUAUUGAUUAAACAACAAUACCAAUAACCAUUUUUUGAUUAAAAGAGAGUCAGGAA